AUGACCGCCACUUCGCGAACGAUAGCGAUUUCUUAUGACCUUCACCCUCCUUCAGGAAGUGAAAGUAAUAUGCCGGGGCUCACUCCCUCACGUUCUAUACAAGUACCCGUCAAAGCGGACGAUGAUCGGGAUAUAAAAAGUUACUACACUACUCUUCAUCAUGCAGUCGAGGAAGCUCGAAAUCAGAUUGGCAUCGAUCUGACGAAGUGGAGGGAUGCGGUUGGGAAGGACGAGGCUCUGAAAGAACCUAAAAAGAACGUGAACGAGGGAGAUGAUGAAGAUGAAGCAGAGGAGGAACCUUGA